AGUAGUUCUUCUUUUUUCUUUUUUUUUGUUUUUGUUUUGUUUUUUUUUUCAUAAUACACAUCAGACGACAAAUGUCCUACUUAGAAUAAUCUUCGUAUUAUUUGCAUUCAUAUGAAAAAGCGACAAUCGGUAAGAAAUAAAGUUAGUUGCGAACCGCACCCGCUUUCUGCGCACAAUCGAUAGUGCAUUUCGUUUCUGUCAAAUGGAUAAUGGCAGCGACGAUGAUUGAUACGAUGGCACAAAGUAAUGGAUUUCAAUCGAAAAAGAAAGAAGAUCCAGAAAAUAAAGACAAUUUGUGGUCCUCUAUUCUAGCAGAGGUACAGAAUAGCGGAAAUAACAAACUGCCAUCGAACAAGAAUGUCCUUGUCUUAGGUGACAAUGAAAGUGGUAAAACAACUCUUAUCGCAAAAUUACAAGGAGUGGAAGAUCCAAAAAAAGGCUCUGGUUUAGAGUUUGCGUAUAUCGAUGUUAGAGAUGAUUAUAGGGAUGAUCAAACAAGAUUAUCCGUGUGGGUUUUGGAUGGUGAUCCAGGUCACGCUAAUUUGCUGAGAUUCGCGUUAAAUGCAGAAAGAUUUCCGCAUACGCUUGUUAUGUUAGUAGCCGCAAUGACCACGCCAUGGGCUAUUCUUGAUCAAUUACAGGCAUGGGCUGCUUUAUUAGGCGAUCAUGUUGAUAAAUUAUCUAUAGAUAAUGAUUCUAGGCAACGAUGCAGGCAACAAAACAUUAAAAAAUGGCAAGAGUAUACCGAACCUGGUGAUGAAUUAGAUCCAGGAAGUCCUUUGAGACGUACUAGUCGUAAUCUUGAUGAUGAAACAACUGAUAAUUUACCUUUACCAGAAGGUGUACUUACAACCAAUUUAGGCCUAGACAUUGUCGUGGUUAUAACUAAAACUGAUUACAUGUCUACCCUUGAGAAGGAACACGAUUAUAAAGAUGAAGAUUUUGAUUUUAUGCAACAAUGGAUUAGGCGAUUCUGUUUGCAAUAUGGUGCAGGUCUUUUCUAUACAUCAGUAAAAGAAGAUAAAAACUGUGAUCUAUUGUAUAAAUACCUUACACAUAGAAUUUAUUCAUUACCUUUCAGAACGCCUGCUUUAGUGGUUGAAAAAGAUGCAGUUCUUAUUCCUGCUGGUUGGGAUAAUAUGAAAAAGAUCAGCAUCCUUCAUGAAAAUUUACAAUCGAUGAAACCGAACGAUUAUUAUCGCGAUAUUAUUACACAACCUGCGACAAAUAGAAAGUGUGUGGCAAGGGAAGUAGAAGUUCAAGCGGAAGAUGAACAAGCAUUUUUAGCAAGACAACAAGCUACGUCAUCAGGUUUGAAGGAUCCAACACGUUCACCUACAACAAGGAACCAGGCAAGCCUCGGCCCAGUUAUACAGGUUGCAUCGCCAAACAAGAAAUUGGAUUCUAAAGGUACCGGUACUACCGCUGCAGGAGAGGGUGUAUUAGCUAAUUUCUUCAACUCUCUUCUUUAUAAAAAGACUGCUACACCACCGGGUGUCCCAGGAUCACCAGGAAGUAUAGGUGCGAGUCCUGUUAAGCUUGAUAGUACACCUGUAGAUAAGGCAACAAUGUGCAAUGAUGCGGCAGCGGAAUUAGAUCGUCUUACACAAACCAAGAAAAUAUCUCCACCAAAUUUAAAUUCAUCAUCUGAAUGUUAAAGGAAUAAAUACUCUCUCUUUCUCUCUCUCUCUCUCUCUCUCUCUCUUUUUUUUUCUUUUUUUUUUCUUUUUUGCGAUCCAUCUGUCUAAAAAAAAAAGACAAUAUAGGAAUCUGCAAUAUAUUAAUUUCAUCAUAAUCAAAAGGUCAAUGUGCACACGAAUAAUGCUUAAUUUAUCGUCUAUCGGAUAGGGUACUUGAAAUAUCUUUAUGUCUUGCCUACAAUGAAGAUACGAAGAUAAAAAGUAUUUCGUAUUAAGUAUCCAAUUCUGUAUAUAUAUAUAUAAUAUAUAUAUAUAUAUAUAUAUAUAUAUAUAUAUAUAUAUAUAUAUAUAUAUAUAUAUAUAUAUAUAUAUAUAUAUAUAUACACCAUGAUAUUCGGUACUAUUUUAUUUAUUUCUUCUAUUUAUGUUUAAGAUUGCAUCUAUUGCAUAAUAAUCAACGAGACCUAUUUGAAUUUUAAUUAUUUCAUAUUUUUAGAAAGAUCAGAUUAAAUAAAAUCUCUAAUUAGGCAGCUUGAAGAUAUAUUCUUACAAUUUAAUCAUGUAUAUCAAGAUGAAUAAUUAUGAUCAAAAUAAUAUAGUUGCCAUCUAUUUCAUAUAAUAAACAAGUAGCACAAAAUGCUAUGUUUUAGCUUAAGCGUAGACGGUUUUUAUCGUUUCUAAAGCUUAUAAUAAAAAAAAAAAAAAAAAAAAAAAAAAAGAAAAAACAAUUAAUAUCGAUUCGUUUGAUUAUCUCUUAUAAUUAAUAUAUUGUAAUAUGCAAAUAUUACCUAUUAAAUUGGUUUUUGCUUUCUUUUUUUUUUUUUUUUUUUAAAGGUACUUCCAUUAAUAAUACUAACGCAAAAUUUCAAUUUAGGAUGGGUCGCAAAAUAUUAUAAUGAAAAAUAGCAAUCGAUCGUUAUGAUGGGUAGUUGUCGAUUGAAGAAAAAUUUUCAAAGUUGCUAAAGCAGCCUUAAAUUGUUUUAUGCUAUCAAGCAUGAAGAACAUAAUUAUAAAGGAGAAAUAUUUCGAAACACGUAAAGAUGAUUUUGAGGUAAAUAAUAUAAAAAAAUAUUUAAUAUAAUAGCAAAUUUUGUGAAUUACGUUUACGCACAUGCCCUGUAAUGUUUCUUUUUAGUAAAUUAUUUAGUAAUUCAUUUAGAUGAAUAAGUCAACAAAUUUGUUUUUUUUCUCUCUCUUUUUUUUUUUUAUUUUUUCUUUUUUUUUUUUCUACUGCCAACUGGAUGCAUAUUAUUUUUUUUACGGAUAAAAGCAGAGACAUUUUCAAUAAAUCUCUCUAAUAUCAUGCAUAAUAUAUACAUAUAUAUACAUACAUAUAUAUAUAUAUAUACUGAGUUUGUAAUACUGCUUUUUCUUUUUUUGUGACAAUAGUUCUUCUCUAUGUUCGGUCUAAUUUAUGAAGUGCCGUUAUUAUCAUAGAUGGAUUAAACCGAUACAUGGAAGGAUUUUAUACAAGUUGUCAUUUUGUAGUAUUUCACAGAGAUCGAAAGAUCGUAUGUGCUCAAAGAUGCUACAUGACAGACUGGAAAACAUGUUUUUUUAAAGAAGCAUGUUAAUGCGAUAUACAUAUUAAUACUUUCUUUGUCGCGCGUUCUUUAGAGACUAUAGUUAUCUAAUAACAAAUUUUGUAUAUUCAGUUGACGUAACUAAUGGCUUCAUCUAUGUAAAAUCACUCUCCUAUCCUUGAUGAAAAUAAAUAAUGUUUCAUAAUA